ACUGAGGGCCCUGCCUGCUCCAGCGUCGGGCAGCAGGGGCUCCCAGCCGAAGAGCCACCAAGGGCCCAAGGGCUUCGCACAGGAGCCAGGGCAGACCCUGGUUCAGCACGGCCUCAGGCUGAAGCACCAUUUGGCAUUCCCUCCCUGCUCAUAAUGAGAAUAGUCCUCUUCCAAUCAGCCAAAAUGAACCUCAUGGACAUCACCAAGAUUUUCUCCCUCCUGCAGCCCGAUAAGGAGGAGGAGGACACCGACAUGGGGGAGAAGCAGGCUCUCAAUCAAGCAGUGUACGACAACGACUCUUACACCUUGGACCAGCUUUUGCGCCAGGAGCGUUACAAACGUUUUAUUAACAGCAGGAGUGGCUGGGGCGUUCCUGGAACACCUUUGCGCUUGGCUGCUUCUUAUGGCCACUUGAGCUGUUUGCGGGUCCUCUUGGCACAUGGCGCUGAUGUCGACAGCUUGGACGUCAAGGCACAGACACCACUUUUCACUGCUGUCAGUCAUGGCCAUCUGGACUGUGUGCGGGUGCUUUUGGAAGCUGGUGCCUGUCCUGGUGGUAGCAUCUACAAUAAUUGUUCUCCUGUCCUUACAGCUGCCCGUGAUGGCGCUGUUGCUAUCCUGCAGGAGCUGCUAGGUCAUGGUGCUGAGGCCAAUGUCAAAGCUAAACUACCAGUCUGGGCAUCAAACAUAGCUUCAUGUUCUGGCCCUCUCUACUUAGCUGCAGUCUAUGGACACCUCGACUGUUUCCGCCUGCUUUUGCUCCACGGGGCAGACCCUGACUACAACUGCACCGACCAGGGCCUAUUGGCUCGCGUUCCAAGGCCCCGCAGUCUCCUCGAAAUCUGCCUCCACCAUAAUUGUGAGCCAGAGUACAUCCAGCUGUUAAUUGAUUUUGGUGCUAACAUCUACCUUCCAUCUCUACCCCUGGACACAACAUCACAAAAUGAUAAAGGUGUUGCAUUGCUGCUACAUGCCCGAGCCUAUCCACAGUCGCUGCUAUCCCAGGCCCGUUUAGUUAUCCGCAGAGCCCUGCGCCAGGCUGGCCAGCCACAAGCCAUCGACCAGCUGGAUAUUCCCCCCAUGUUGAUUAGCUACCUCAAACACCAACUGUAAUCUUGCAUUUCGCCCCGAAAAUGAAGACGACUCCAAAAACCACCUGGGGGCCCAGGUAGCUGGAGAGCACAACAGCUCCAUCCACUCACCUGGACAUGCUCUCCUGAA